AUGGCUCUAUUUAAUCGUAAAGUAUAUCUUUACGGCUUGUUGAUACUAUUUGGGACUGCUUUUGUAAGAUCUGACAGCGACGAUGAAGGAGUUACAGUUGAGACUGUCGAAGAAGAGGAACAAUACCGCAGUCCACAGAUAAACCCAAAAAAUGUAUAUUUAGCUGAGCACUUCGAUGAUGAGGCAGCAUUUAAGAGGAAAUGGGUCAAGUCAGAAGCCAAGAAACAGGGAGUUGAUGAAAAUAUUGCCAAAUAUGAUGGCAAGUGGGAGAUUCAAGCACCUUCAAGGCGAAUCCUCAAAGAUGAUCUUGGAUUGGUUCUGACAACUGAAGCCAAGCAUGCUGCCAUUUCUGCUCUCUUGGAUAAGCCUUUUGAGUUCAAGGAUAAACCAUUUGUAGUCCAAUAUGAAGUUACAAUGCAGGAAGGCCAAAACUGCGGUGGUGCAUAUAUAAAACUGCUCUCUCGCGGCACCAACACUAAGGCCGAUCUUCGCAAGUUCCACGACCAGACGGCUUACACCAUUAUGUUCGGUCCUGACAAGUGUGGCAACGACAACAAGCUACAUUUCAUCUUCAGGCACCAGAAUCCCAAAAACGGGACCAUUGAAGAGAAGCAUAGCAAAAAGCCAAGCCAACGCCUGGAUGAUAUCUACAAAGACAAGGAGCCUCAUUUGUACACGCUGAUUGUCCGGCCUGACAACACCUUUAGUAUCCUGGUUGACAGCAAGGAAGUAAACGCAGGGUCGUUGCUUGAAGAUUUCACGCCUCCCGUCAACCCGCCAGAGGAGAUCGACGACCCCAAUGACAAGAAACCAGAAGAGUGGGACGAGAGGGAGAAGAUUGUAGACCCAAGCGCCACCAAACCAGAUGACUGGGACGAGGAGGCACCGGCUCAGAUAGUUGAUCCCAAUGCUGUGAAACCUGAUGGAUGGCUGGAUGAUGAACCAGAGAUGAUCCCAGAUCCCGACGCCAAAAAGCCAACAGACUGGGAUGAUGACAUGGACGGCGAGUGGGAGGCUCCCCUGAUCGACAACCCGGCUUGUGCUGCUGCCCCGGGCUGUGGCCCGUGGAGCCCUCCUCUGAUUCCUAACCCCAAUUAUAAGGGUGUGUGGCGGGCCCCGCUGAUUCCCAACCCCAACUACCGCGGAAAAUGGAGUCCGCGCAGGAUCCCCAACCCCCACUACUUCAAGGAUGACAACCCCUUCAAGAUGACGCCUAUUCAUGCAGUGGGCUUCGAACUAUGGUCAAUGUCACCAAUGCUUUUGUUUGAUAACCUCAUCAUAACGGACGACCCAGCUGUUGCCGAGGAGUGGGCUCAGCUCACCUAUGCAGUGAAACGCGCCAAGAUCUCAAGUGAAUCGCAAACACUAUGGGGGCGAUUGUUGCGUGCAACGAAUUACAAGCCGGGACUGUGGGCGAUGUACGCCGUCUACUGUGCCAUACCAGUCUCCAUAUACAUCGCCUACCUCGUGAAACGUGCCAGAGAGGAGAGUUUAGUGGAGUCUGUGCUGCGGUGGGCGGGCGCACGGCCGUGGCUGGCGGGCGCGGGCGCGCUGGCCGCCUUCGCGCUGCUGGCUGCCGCCGCCUACUGGUGCUGCGGGCCCGCGCCGCACGAGCCGGAAAUGGAAUACAAGAAGACUGAUGCGAUGACCGAGGACGAUCCUCACCAGUCUGACACGGAGGAGCAGCCGGCUGAGGCUCGCCAGAAGCCCAGCAAAGCCAACCUCGAGGGACCGGAGCCCGAGGUGGACUCUCCACCGGACCGAUCUGAUGACCAGGAGCCUCUUGUCGACUCCACUGAAAAGCCUCAAAUAGACACGGAAGGUGCCGGCGACGGUCAGAGGAAACGGAAACCCCGGAAGGAGUAA